GUGUGUGUGAAGUGUUGUUUUUCUUGGAGCUGUCUGUUUUUCUUUCAAUUUUCUGUGCAAAAUUCCACAAUAUUCCAGGAAAAGUUGCAGAUUUUCUCGCGUGAAAAUGACUGAGGCUUUUGAGGGAAAUGGUGACUACCCAAAUUACGGCGAUGGAUCGAGUGAUUUCAAGAGAUCAAAGCGUGGACAGGAUGUGAGUGCGGAUGAGGACACGGAAGAGAAGGUUCCGAAUGAGAAAGCCGCUGAAUACAUCCGGGAAUUGCUGAAUGAGAGAGUGCAGAUUGACCGGAAGUACCCAAUAUCUGACCGUCUACUUGAGCAAGAGGUGCAGAAGGUGCAGCAAAGUGGGAAAAUACCACCCCGUGAGAAUCGCUAUGUGGACAUCUAUCGAGAGAAGCAGAUUCGUGUGAAUGUUAAGGUUCUCGUACCCGUAAAGGAGCACCCAAAGUUCAAUUUCGUGGGAAAACUCCUUGGGCCCAAGGGGAACUCCAUGAAGCGUCUACAGGAGGACACAAUGUGCAAGAUGGCUGUCCUUGGACGUGGCUCGAUGAAGGAUAGAAAACGCGAAGAGGAACUUCGGGCAUCACUUGAACCGAAGUAUGCCCAUCUCAAUGAUGAUCUUCACGUUGAAAUUUCCGCUCUAGCACCACCGGCUGAGGCGCAUGCGAGGAUUGCUUAUGCCCUAGCUGAGGUGAGGAAGUACCUCAUACCAGAUAGCAAUGAUAACAUCCGACGCGAACAAAUACGGGAGCUAAUGUCCGAUGGGAAUCCCGUUCAUGAGGUUGAAGUGGCUGAACCAAGGGUGAUUCCACCGCCACGUCCUCCUCCGGUUCCCACCUACUAUCGUGCUGCCCCAGCUCCAGCACCACCACCACGUACCCCAUCCACGAGGACAGUGAUGCCGGCAAAGCAGAAAAUUAUGUCCAUCUUGGAUAGGGCUCGUAGUGCCAUGGAAGAGAGCUAUGGUCCUCCUCCUACGAGUACAAGACCAUAUGAGGAGACUGUCUUUGAGGAACCCUAUGAAGGCUACACCUACACCCAUCAUACAUCUACAAUCCCAUCACGGCCACGCUAUGAAAUUCCUGAAUACGAAGCUCCUGACUACAGGCGUCAGUACUACCGAGCAUCACCGACUUUGAAAACAAGCACAUCAGCACCACGAGCAUCCUGGAAGAGUAGCAGUGGAUACGGUUCGUCGCGUGGGCACGAAGAAACCUCUUCGAAGCACCAUCAUUCUCACACAAGUCGUGAGAGAUACCGCAGCUCCCCAUAUCAAACAUCAAGACCAUCUAAGAAGCAAAGGACUUAAGUAGAUGGAACAGCUUGAAUUACUUAAGAAUUAAAAAAAAAAGUGAAAGAAAGAGAGGAGCUUAUUCAUUUUGAGACAGCGUUAUCUAAUUGAUUUUAAUGAUCCUCAAUAAAGAGAAAACUUGAAACUGCGUGGAGGGGAACGGUUUACGAUCUUUAGAAGUUUCUCAAACAAUUUUACAUACGACAUUUCGAAGAUUUUAUUCCCCCUUAAUUAGGUAUACAGAAUGUGUUAUAAAAAAUUAAUCUGAUUAAUCUAAAUAAGUGAAGCAAGAUUGUAUCACAUUUUGGAUGUUUGAUGAAGAGGAAAUAACACCUUCAAAGAGUCUUGUCCUAUGUAAAAUUGCUUGAGAAAUAGAUAAAGCGAUCGUAAACCGAAAACAUUCUGCUAAAAAAAAUUCCCAACAGAAGUCUAAAACAACGCACAUGAAACGCACAUGAAACAUAAACGCAAACACUCCGAGUAAAACAAUCCUAACUCGACAUUUUUUUUAUUUAUUUUAUUUAUUCUACAAAAAAUACUUUUUUAACACCUUUUACAAUUUAAAAAUAUUAAUGAUAAAUCAUUUUAUUUCAGCAUUCUCGCCACAUUGACGCAUUUCACGCAGAAAAUGAAAGAAAAUGUUGAGAAAUCUGCAAAGGAGAACGUCUUCUGAGGAUUAGGAUGAGACAUUUUUUUUAUUUUUCGCUCUUCAAUUUACAUUUAAAAAAAAAUAUAAAUAUUGCAUGUCCUCCCAGAGAUUUUUUUAAUAACAUAAAAUCUCAAAAUUUGUGUGUGAAAAUAAAUAAAUAAAACGUAGUAAGUUAAA